AUGCGCCCGCCGACCAAGAAACGAAAAAUUGCGGCCCCCGCACAGCCGGAGGAAAUAUCAUUCAACCCAGAUUCCCGCGCAGAGUUUCUGACCGGCUUCCACAAGCGAAAAGUACAGCGCGCGAAAAAGGCCCAGGAGGCUGCAGAAAGAAGAGCCAAGGAGGAGCGGAGAGAGACACGGAAGAAGAUCCGACAAGAACGAAGGGCAGAAUUCGAAGAAGCGUUGAAGCGACAUAGAGCUGAGAUGGAGGCGCUGAAUGGACUCCCUGCCACGGGGGAAGAGUCUGGCUAUGGCUCGGAUCAAGGCGGAGACGAUGACGAGGAAGAAGAAUGGGGCGGAAUCGUCGAACCACCGCCUGUGGACUACGAGGCCGAAUAUAUUGAUGAGGAUAAAUAUACGACCGUCACGGUGGAAGAGAUUGAAGCUACUAGGGAGGGACUGGUGCCGAGGAGAGAACUAAACGAGAAAAAAGAUGAUGAAGAUGAAAAUUCAGGGGACGAAGAGGAAGGGGAAGAGGAAGAAGGAGCCAAAGAGAAGGACGACGGAAAGUCGAAAAAGAAGAAGAUAUGGACGAAGGAUAACCCGAAUAAAGAUGUGAAGAAGAAACGGAAGCGGAAGCGGGAUUUCAAGUAUGAGAGUCCGCUGGAGAGGAAGCUAAAUAGGGCCAAGGAGCGUGGGAGGAAGAAGAAGCAGGCUGAGGCAAGGAAGGCGAAGAAAGGGUGA